AUGGGGUCGAUGAGGGCUCCUUUGGGAAGAAUUGAUACGCGCCUGAGAAUGUCUGACACUCCCGCGGAUGAACCGGUCACCUCCUCAUUCCCAUCUAUUGUCGCAUUUGAGGACCUACUGCAGCGUGACCAGAGGCCCCUCAACUACAUGGGAACAUCUCAGCCCAAAAUGGACCCUCGAGUCCAAUUCGCAUCUGAGACGUCCCACAACCCGAUUCACGGUCGAGGCAUCGGCAAGCCAUAUCCUCGACUAGAGUUGGACGUCGCUCUAGACAAAUAUCACUCGCUGGAUGGCUUCACUGAACCCGUGAGCCCACGGAAUACUCCAGCCUCGAUCAGUUGCUGUGAAAGCCCUGAAGAUUCAGCUCGGCCCGUUGAGACCCAAAACAUGCGUACCAGCUCUGCGCCGCAAAUCCAGUCUUUGGCCUUCGAAUGGUUCGAUGGCAAGUCAGAGGGAGACCUGAUGCACUUUGACGGCAAUUCAGAGAGCAAAGCUCAGAAACGCCGGUUCUCGGCUGAUUAUGAGCAUCGCUCUUCCACAAUCCUCCCGCCGAAAGACCUCACCCAAACCACCGGCACAGCUUCCAGUGAGAAACCCGAAGACAAUUCUCCACAUAUGCCCUGCGUACGAUCCUCUCCGCCACCUACGCCCUCUCCAAAGUCGCGCUCACCUCCUGCAGACCGUCCCAUUCCUACGGUAGAGCGAAAGGCCGACUACAUUGCUGCGCACGGCCAGCAGAAGCAUUACAAGAAGUGGAAGGGUUCAAACCGUGCUCUUGCUCAGCGGGUCUCACCAUAUCGUAGCCCGCCCAAGGCACCCAAGAUUCGACCUCUGAAUCGACAGUCUGACGUUCCGUUCUCGUCUCUUUUACCUUCGUCGGGCCGCCAAGAAGGUUCCAGAGACCUGGCAAGUCAAACCGACCCAAGCCAGGAAACAGUUGAACACAAUAUUCCCGCGGAUGAGAAGAAUGUUGCAACUGGCGCGACAGAUGCCAGGGUUGAUGAAUCCACUGACCCGUCUUCCGAUCUCGUGGGACUCUCGUUUUCGAUUUAUCGAGUUCAGCAUCCUCAACAACACUCAGUCCUAGGUUUGGGCGGAAGUGCUUUCCAAGUCGAAAUGACCUCCACACCAUUCCCAUUUCACGUCUCAGAUCGUGAAGAAGAGGAGGCUGAGCAUACUGUCAACCGCCCAUCGUUCGAGGACUUGGUGUUCCAUCAUUAUGUGGUCUUGCCCGCCGUCGUUGCACGCUUCCCUGUUGCUGUGUUUUCGAUCUUGAACAGGGCCUGUAACUCGCGGAUCGGUACAAUCCUUCUCUACUUGGAGAAGAUGUUUUGGUCGAUUGUCAUCGCAUUCUUCCUUGCUUUUUUGGCCAAGUUCCGCCGCCGGCCUGGAAGCGGCCCAGGUGCUGGACACGGACACUGA